CAGACAACUGCUGUUGGUCGGAAUUGUCAAACAUUUUUGAUGCAGAACGAUCGCCAUCGGUCAGUUUUGCUUGGUGAGGUUAAACGGAAAAUUCUAGUUUGCUGCUUCUGCUGUUGUGUUUAAACUACCUAAUUUGAUAUCAACGAAUACCUUGGACUUUGCGGAAGUGUUUUAACGGAAAACAUAUUCGCGCUUAGCAUGGAUGACACCAGGGAAGAGCAUCAAUUCGUGGUCGACGAUGUCAGUAAAAUUAUUAAAGAAGCUAUCGAAACUACGAUCGGUGGAAAUGCCUACCAGCAUGAUAAGGUGAACAACUGGACCGGUGCUGUGGUGGAGACAUGCCUCAGUGUACUAACGAAGCUGCAAAAACCCUACAAAUAUAUCGUAACCUGUAUGAUUAUGCAGAAGAAUGGUGCCGGAUUACACACUGCUAGCUCCUGUUUCUGGAACAACGAAACGGACGGUUCCUGCACGGUUCGCUGGGAGAACAAGACGAUGUAUUGCAUAGUGUCGGUCUUCGGGCUGUCCAUCUAAAUAGAUUAUUAUCCGAAAGAAUAAUCCUUUCACUACCGACCAGGUUUCAAGCGCUCCCAGCCUGUUCAGGUGCUUUCGGAACCGGGCAAUGUUCUAAUCUAUAUUUGGAUCUUGUCAUCCGUAUUUAUAUUCCAUCGGAGAUAAUGAAUGUUAUACUCUUAGUUAUCGCAAAUAAUCUAAUCGAUAUUUUUUAAAAAACAUCAAUGUGUUUUAUGUUAAUCAAAUAGAAACGAUUUUGAAUAACCCAACAAGUUGCGAUUCUGGCAGGAUUCGUCGAAUACUUGAUAGCUUUUUUUGUAUUAUCCAACUUAACACUAUUGUUAAAACCAUAAGAACCACUAUUUCGAGUUAAAGUAGCUUUUGUAUUGUAUUAUUUAUGUUUAACGGUAUGUUAAUGAGAAGCGGAAGAAUUGUUCAAGAUUUAUUACUAAACCUAAACCAAUUAAUCUUUACUCGAAAGCCUAGUUACAGCCAACCAACGAUCGGGCUUCGUCCAAUGACGAUAAAAAUAUAUUGUUAGGCCUUGAAACUGAAAUGCUUUGAUGAACGGUGCGAUUGCGAGGCUAUACCAAAUGUUCGUAGCAAUUUUGCUGAUGAGUGCUGGACGGUUUUUGUUAUUGCGAAUGUUGAAUUCGUGCGCAGUGAUCAGUUUUGCUAACGGCUGGAUAUGUGUGUUAAGGUCAAAAUAAAAUUUAAACUGUAGGUUUUACAUUAAGUGAA